UUCGUGUCAUUUCCUUUCUGUCUUCUCUCUCUUGUCUUUACUUUCCGUCCCCUUUCCAUUUCUUUCUCUUCAAUCAUCAAAUUUUCCUUCCUCAUCUCUUUCUUUCUUUAUCUCUUCGGCAUUUCCCCGAACAGGAGCUAUGAUUCGGCUGUUUAAAGUUAAAGAAAAGCAGAAAGAACUUGCUGAAAAUGCAAAUGGUGGAGCACCUAUCAAAAAACAAACUGCAGGGGAGUUGCGUUUACACAAAGACAUUUCGGAGCUGAACCUACCAAAAUCUUGUACCAUAACAUUUCCUAAUGGAAAGGAUGACCUGAUGAACUUUGAGGUUUCAAUUCGACCUGAUGAAGGAUAUUAUUUCGGUGGCACAUUUUUGUUCUCAUUCCAAGUUUCUCCUAUCUAUCCGCAUGAGGCACCAAAAGUUAAGUGCAAGACAAAGGUCUACCAUCCAAAUAUUGACUUGGAAGGAAAUGUUUGCCUUAAUAUCUUACGUGAAGACUGGAAACCUGUGCUCAAUAUAAACACCAUAAUCUAUGGACUAUAUCAUCUUUUCACGGAACCAAAUUACGAGGAUCCCCUCAAUCAUGAUGCUGCUGCAGUGUUGAGGGAUAAUCCAAAGAUGUUUGAAUCUAAUGUGAGAAGGGCCAUGUCUGGUGGGUAUGUGGGGCAAUCCUUUUUUCCCCGAUGUAUCUAGCUUUUGCAAGGUAGUUGAAAAUGCCUAUGCACAAUGUCAUCAACACAAUUGAGUUUCCAUGGGUUGUAUAAUUUGUCUGCAAAUUACCCUUUGUCACCCCCUUUGAUUUUCUCAGUGGAGCUCAGGGAAUUAUUUCCUAAGAGACCGACUGAAAUUCCAUCUAUAUUUUACUCCAGCUUUCCUAAUGCUAUUGUAUGUUUCUGCUGGCAUAUAUUGUCUUAAUGUGGAACUAGGAUAGACUCAAUUUUAUGCACUGGCUUAGAAUAUAACAUUCUUCCUUUGUGCC